AUGGAAUCAUUGAAAGAAAAAGUUGAUGAUGUGUCGAUUAAUGAUGAUCUAAGGGCUUCGGAAGAAGUAAACCUUGAUAUAAUUGUUACUAGCUUAACAACUUCUUUUCGAGUUGGGAAUAUUAUUGACUUUAAAAAAGUGCCUCCUAAAUAUAUGGUUGUCUUAUACUGUCAAACUGUUCAAUUAAAGAUAGAUGAUUGUAAGAUCAUCAUUUGGCAUUCUGGAAAAUCUCAAUGUGUGGGAGCCUCCAGUGAAGAUCAGGCACUAACAGCAGCUAGAAAAAGUAUUGAUAUAUUAAAAUCAUGGGGGUUGGAUGUUACUUUUAGUGAAUUUAGAGUUAUGAGUUUAUUCUGUUCAUGCUUGCUACCUUGGAGAAUUCAAAUAGAAGCAAUGGUCACAAAAUAUUCCAAUAAUUUCACAUGUUUUAUUAGACGUAAAUCCAAUUAUUGGAUGUUAAAUACGACCAGAGCGCGAAGAUUUCUUGCAGUCUAUCCCUCUGGAUAUGUUCGCAUGUCAGGCUUAAAUAUUGAAGGAAUUUUAAGCAUCGUAGAAGAAGCACUUCCGUUUUUUUCGGAGUUUCGUAUAGAAUGUUAA